GUGACGAAGUGCCGCUCACGGGUGCUCUGCUUAUACGAACAGAACCAUGAGGCUGUUGCUGUACAUUUGUCUUUGUUCGGCUGUAUUUGCCAUAGCCAGGUCCCAGGCAGUAUGGAACCAGGGUGUUCUCGACGCCUCGGCCCAGUUAUUGGCUUCCUUAUUCGGCUCGAAAGGGCCUCUUCAGCAGAAUCUUGCCGACACCGUCCGCGAUUCGCGCACCGAAAACGGGACUGAUAUCUCCAUCACCGCCCAACCCACCGCCAACAUCAGCCAACAGUGUCAGAAGGAUCUUGCACAGUACAAUGCAGACCUGUCCCAAGGGAAGAUGUAUGCCCUGAAAAUGCUGGACGCGGGUGGAAAACCACCGAGCGGAAUCUUGGGCGGAAACCUGGCCUGGACCGGUAGCUACUACCAGUGCGUGAAUAUCACGAGGAAAGGGUUCAACAUCACCUUCGAUGGGAAGUUCUACAUGACUACAUUAGUACCUGUUCAACAGACAACACAGGGCGGAGGCGAGUUAACGGUGGCCGUCUGCGUGCCCAGUUCCUGUAGCCAACAAGACGUCAUUGAAAGACUGGACGGUGGUAUCUACUGGCGUGCCCUUAUCCAGCAGGGGAUGCUGGAAGUGACGUCAGCCGUUUCCCAGGAAUCCCUGCCAAUCCAGAAUGUCACUAUCGCUGGGAUCUGUAUCUGCGGCGUCAUCCUUCUCCUCCUUGUGAUCGGCACCAUCUAUGACGUCACCGUCCACCAACCACGAAUGAUGGCCACGAAAGGGCAGAAGGAGAAUGACGGCACCCCCCUGACUCCACCUGACGAAGAGACCUCAGUGGCAACAGGCAUCGCCGGCCGUAUCAUCCUGAGCUUCUCCGUCUACACCAACAUCGGAAAGCUCCUCAGCACCAAACAGGCACCCGGCAGCAUCAAGUGUCUGAACGGCAUCCGAUUCUUGAGUAUGAGCUGGAUCAUCCUGGGGCACACUUAUCAAAUUGCUAUACCGAGUUUUGACAACUCGUUGCAGUUCUCGGAGGCCCGGCAAGCAUUUGCAUUUCAAGCCGUCAAUAAUUCCUCCGUUUCUGUGGACUCCUUCUUUUUCAUCAGUGGGCUCCUGAUGUCAUACCUUCUACUCAAGAGGAUACAGAAGAGCAAAGAAGAUGGCAAAUCAGUUCCCUAUGGGAUGAUGUAUCUCCACAGGUAUUUGAGGUUGACACCUACUUACAUGUUCGUCCUGAUGCUGUACGUGUGGGUGAUUCCCCCCAUGUUCUCUGGGCCCACCUGGUCCCAAGCUCCUAACGCAUUGGACGCAGACUGUCCGGGCUGGUGGUGGGCGAACCCACUGUACAUCAACAACUUGAUCAACCCUGAUGACGUGUGUAUGAGCUGGUCCUGGUACUUGGCCAAUGAUAUGCAGUUCUUCGCCAUCGGAGUUCCUCUCGUCUACAUACUUUACAGAUGGCAGAUAUUCGGGAUGGCCGUGCAGCUGGCCAUUCUAUUGGCCAGCUUCCUCACGACUGCAGGGAUCACCUUGUACUUUGAGAUGGAAGCACCGCUUGGGGACGGUAGGUACUAUUUCAGGCCGUACUGCCGUAUCGGACCAUACCUGGUUGGACUUGCUGUUGGCUGGCUGAUGGUCAAGAUCAAAGGGAAGCAAACAAGGAGCGUGACCGUGAGCCUGCUGAUGAUUCUUGGUUGGCUCGUUGCUGCUGCCUCUGCUGUGGCUGUGUUGUACCCAACGCACGGCCAGUACCUCGGCGCGACUCUCCACACGCUGUCCGCGAAUGCGCUGUACCUGACUGUCCACCGUACCGUCUGGGCCAUGGCGCUUGCAUGGGUGGUUGUCGCGUGUCAUUAUGGAUACGGAGGAGUGGUGAACACCAUCCUCUCCUGGGACGGCUGGGUGCCCCUGAGCCGACUGACCUUCUGCACCUACCUCAUGCAUGUUCCCGUGGUGUUUGCUUUCUACUUCACCAUGGAGGUGCCCAUCCACUACAGCACUUUCACUAUGAUCUACUUCUUCUUGGGGCACUUGGCUCUAUCCUUCGGUAUGGGCUUCCUGGUGUCUGUGGCGGUGGAGUCACCACUGAUGGGGGUGGAGAAAGUCGUCUUCAAGAAAUAGGACAGAACUUUAGAAUACUCCAAGCACGAAGGACAGGCAACCUAUGCCUAAACUUCCUUCGUAUAUCUGAUGGUGUAAUUGAUAUACUUAUGAUAAGGAUUGGACAUGAGGAAAUAAAUGCACUGUAGAUUUGCAUGUAGUUGAAAUGAUAUUGAAUGAAAAUUUUUCUUUAAUUCAGCAGCUUCUGUUGAAGUACAUAUCAUAUACAGUAUGCCUCCCUAAAUGUCCAUGGUAAAUUUUGGUUAAAAUGAUUAUAGUAUAGUAAUUUUAGUAAAGUGCAAUGGAAGAGUAGUAUAUUAUUACACAAUUUAACAUUAGUGAAAUUGUUAUCCUCUUAUAAAUCCUAAUUGAUAUCAGCCUACACCUCGUCUAUGGCUAAACAGUCCUAUGGAAGAAUGACAGUAUCUGUAUCUGUAUCUGAAUAUCAAGAGGAACAUAUCACUUGUUGGACAAGCUACCUUUACCCAAUCAUCUAGGCACAUGUAAUACUAUAUACUAUAACCCAUUUACAUAUUGUUGCAGGGGCCAUUCCCACUGGCUUUUUUUGGCUAGGGUUUUCUCCCUAGGAGGGGGUGUGCUAUCCCCUGUGAAAUAGCAAGAGGAACAUACCACUUGUAGGACAAGCACAAUUUGUACGACAAUAAGCGAAGACGCAAAACCUCAAUAGGGGUCUGACGAACAAUCACAAGGGAUGCCUUACCCCGUCCACGCGCCCAUUUACAGAAUUGACGUGUAACACAUUGUAGAGAUGUACUGGUUAUGUAACUUGGCUUUCUUGUCGACUCAUAUCAGAUUGAUAGUUUCUCAAUUAAACCAGUUUCACUCGUGACACCAUCAAAUACUUUACUCAAUCUCUUUCAUUACUUGAUCAUCGAGUUAGAGCACAGGCAAAGUUCCAGCAAUUUGCUGCCAUU